CCCCCCUUUUCCCACGCGCCCCACGCACGGUUCAGGCUUUCGGUUCGUCCAGAGCAGGAAAGCGCACACCACCUCCAAACCAGAACUCUCUCUCUUCGUCCAAUCGCAAGAUUCUCUGAAAUUUCUGUGCUUCCUCUUCUCUUCCAGAUCUGGUCAAUGCACCAGUUACCCGCACGAGCCGAUACCUGAUACAACCUUUUCUCCCCAACUUCGCCGGAGCUGAAACCAAUAAUAUUAACAAGAGAUCUUUUGCCUCAAAUCCAGACAUCAAUUCGCGCCAUAUCCACACCAUAAUUGGGCCGCCUCUUUUCAUUACUAAUCGAUCCUCUCUCACGAUUACCGAGUUCGCGGGUUCUUGCCUUUCCUUUUCUGGUUGUUGUGUACAGAACCGGGGAAUAUUGAGGUUCCAUUGAUCGGAGGGUACGAUAUCCGAAUAUGUUACUAGAUCUGCUUAUGCAAUCAUCAGAAUUGUCUUUGUUCUGCAUUUCCAAUUUGGUUGGACAUAUUUCAUCAUCCUUAAGCAUUUAAUAAAAACAGCAAGCUUUUCGAUACAAGCACUGAAAGAAGGAAAGGAAGAUCCUGAAUAGUCUGGUAAAUAUGGAUUGAGAUGAUUUUCGGUCCAUCUUAGAUACUGCAGGCAUUGAUGUGUGGACUUUCAUCGACACGGCAAUUUUGGUGGCAUCGUUGGAUUAUGGACAAGAAUUGAAGCAGCGAAGAGAUAAUAUUGUGGAGAGGCUUUACGCAACGUCUAUGGUUACUCGGUGUAGGAACUGUGAUUUUGGCGAUGGCAGGCAUAAUGGGUAUGAGGUUAAGGCUUCAGUUGACGAAGAAAAGAACCAAGAAACCAAAAGCGGGAAAGGAGGGUCUCCUUCUACUCCACAAUCGAUGAAUGGAGAGGAUGAUGGGUUGGACCCAUAUGGGGGCUUGUUUGAUGAUGAGCAGAAGAGGAUACUGGAGAUUAUCGAGCAUCUUGAAGAUCCUGACCAGUCUGAAGAUUCUCUGGUUGAUUUGCUUCAGAGUUUGGCAGAUAUGGAUGUUACGUUCAAGGCCCUCCAAGACACUGAUAUUGGGAGGCAUGUCAACAGUCUGCGAAAGCAUUCAUCGAGUGAUGUUAGGAGAUUAGUGAAGCAACUUGUUAGUUUGUUUUGCAGGAAAUGGAAAGUGAUUGUGGAUGAAUGGGUGAAAGUGAAUCGACCUGGAGAAGUGGAGUCCUCUGCGCUGAUGGCUGAUGAAGACUCUCCCCAGCAAAAAAUUCCACAAAAUGGUCAUCAGCAGCAGAUUCCUGAUUUUGUCUACUCCCCGAAUCCUCAUAAUGGCAGUUCUGGGUCAGACAAGAAUAAUUCUGAACCAGAAAGGAAGCUGAAAUCACUUCCUCCUCGAAAAGGACCUCUAGCCUCGGUUAAAUCAACUCAAUCUACUCCAGCGUCCCCACAUAUGCAGAGACAAAGAGAACAAAAAGAAAGCACGUUUGAUUCUGAAAAGUUAGCUUCGGCAAGAAGGCGGCUUCAGGAGAACUACAAAGAAGCGGAAAAUGCCAAAAGGCAAAGAACGAUCCAAGUGAUGGAUAUUCAUGAGAUACCAAAACCCAAGAAUGCUUUCUUUGCAAAGAACAAAGGUGGUGGUUCACAGGGGAGGCACUGGUGAAUGAAUGGGUGAAUUAACUUGUCAAAAAAAAACAAUAAAAGGCUAAACUGGAAAGACUCGGAAAUCAGUUUAUGCUCUUUAUAUGUUAUAUUUGGUAAGGAGAGAAACAAAAUAUUUUUAUCCAAAUGAAUGGGAAUAGUUUCUUUUAGCAGGUA